AUGUUUAACGAUUACGAGCAGCAAUCAUCAUCAUCAACGGCUUCUAUUAAGCACAAGGUGAAGACUUCGAUGUGCUGUUUCUCGCCUUCGGUUCAUGAUCAUCAGCAGUUGAAAAGCGAGGACAAGCCACGGACGACGUCGCCAAGGUCACCGUACACGUGGCUGAAAUCGACGGCCAAUGAACUGCCGGAGAUACGCUUCAGGUGCAUGAACUUCAUCUCGAGGAUCGGUAAGACCCGUAGGAACCACCACAUGCGGUGGCACUCCGCUGAUUUCAGCUACGACCCUUCGAGUUAUGCUCUCAAUUUCCAGGACGACACCCGUGUCGACGACGAGUGUCCCCUCAGCUUCUUGGACAGGUUGGCCGCGUCGCCGCCUCAGCCGGCGGAUUCCGCUAAGUGUGAGCCACGGCGGAGGGAGAUCGUUGCGUUUAGCUAA